GACCGUCAAGGUCACCAAAGAGAGCCAGGUUGGCUCCAACCACAAAGCCAAAAUGACUUCGGAGAUCAAGGUCGCGAGCGAGAAUCGGGUCAAUGGUCCCAAUGGUUCCAAUGGUCACAAAGGCAAACCGACUCCGCAAGAGGCUGUCAAGGUCACGAGCGAGAGCCGGGUCAAUAGCUCUGGCCCGAAUGGCCCGAAUGGCCCGAAAGCCAAAGCGACUCCACCAGAGGCCGUCAAGGUCCCGAGUGAGAGCCGGAUCAAUAGCUCCAAUGGCAAAGCCAAAGCGACUCCACCAGAGGCCGUCAAGGCAGGCCCCCAAGGCCCCCAAGGCCCCCAAGGCGCCCAAGGCCCCGCCCACUGCCUCGAAGCUAAAACUGCUUCGCAGGGGGUGAAGGUCCAAAAGGCUAGCGAAGUGGGCACGCAGAAGUCUGAAGGGAAUGAGAAAUAUCUGAGGCCAGACGUUCCUUCAAGCCCAGAGAUGCUGGAGCCUUCUCCAAUGUAUAAAGCUGCGCUGGCGGUGAUGAAGGCCAAUGCUGAAGCUGCAGCGAAAUCGGCGGAGUCUUCGUCACCCGUGGAGGAUCUCGAGGGGUCCACCGAUGGCAGUGUUCCACCUGCCGUGGAUGUGGUGGAUGAUGAGACGGCACAUACUGAGAGCGAGGACUGCGACAUGGGUUGCAGGCCCAACACGGCAGCUGCAGCUCAAGCCAUUUUGGCUGCGGCAUCCGAUAAACGAGCAGCUGCCCUGCAGUUACUGGAUGCCGCAGCUAUGCCCACCAUCGAAGUCCGCACCUUCUUGGCCGAUCCGGACGAGAUUUCACAGGCGCCGGUGAUGCGACGAACGGUGAGCGACAGCGAUGUGGUCUUCUAUGGUUGAAUUGGUUAAGAGCUCCCGGAGAAGUGACAGCUUUGAUGGAGAUCGGUGUCACCUGAAGCAUCAGCUGUUGGAUUUUCGUCAGAAAGGGAAAAUCUACAGGAAGCCCC